UAUUUUAUAUCGGUUAAAAAAACGCAACUUUAUUUUUUCCAGGCACAUCCUUUCCUCCAUAAACAUUUAUAUAUAAAUAGCUUUCCUCCACCUCCUCCCCUCGCUGAUCUGUCCCUAACUGAUGACGUAGUGUAGUCGGUGUUUACCAUAGCGGCUAUCUGUUAGCUAAUUGAAAGAAAAUGCAGGUUUUAUAGCUGCAAGAACAGUCAUAGUUUUCGAAGAAAGUCUAAAAUAUUUUUCAGAAUGAACAAUAGAACAUCGUAUUUUUAUGACCCAGACGUGGGCAACUUUCAUUAUGGUGCUGGCCACCCCAUGAAGCCUCACCGUUUGUCUCUGACUCACAGUCUGGUGUUGCACUAUGGACUCUACAAGAAAAUGAUGGUGUUCAAGCCAUACAAAGCAUCUCAGCACGACAUGUGUCGGUUCCACUCUGAAGACUACAUUGACUUCCUACAGAAGGUCAGCCCCAAUAACAUGCAGGGCUUCACCAAGAGCCUCAACACAUUCAAUGUUGGAGAUGACUGUCCUGUGUUUCCAGGUCUUUUUGAGUUUUGCUCAAGAUACACAGGAGCCUCCUUACAGGGAGCUACGCAGCUCAACCACAAGAUCUGUGACAUUGCCAUCAACUGGGCCGGAGGUUUGCAUCAUGCCAAGAAAUUUGAGGCAUCUGGGUUUUGUUACGUCAAUGACAUAGUCAUCAGCAUACUGGAGCUGCUCAAAUACCACCCCAGGGUUCUGUACAUCGACAUAGACAUUCACCACGGUGACGGCGUACAGGAAGCCUUUUACCUGACUGACCGCGUCAUGACUGUGUCCUUCCACAAAUACGGGAACUACUUUUUUCCAGGAACAGGUGACAUGUAUGAGGUCGGAGCAGAGAGCGGCCGGUACUACUGCCUCAACGUUCCCCUCAGAGACGGUAUCGAUGACCAGAGCUACAGGCAGCUGUUCCAGCCGGUUAUUAAACAGGUGGUGGAUUUCUACCAGCCAACCUGCAUCGUUCUACAGUGUGGAGCAGAUUCUCUGGGCUGCGACAGACUGGGCUGCUUCAACCUCAGUAUACGCGGACAUGGCGAGUGUGUGGAGUUUGUUAAGAGUUUUAAGAUCCCUCUGUUGGUGCUGGGAGGCGGAGGAUACACGGUGAGGAACGUGGCUCGCUGCUGGACCUUUGAGACGUCUCUGCUAUUGGACGAGUCCAUCAGUGAUGAGCUGCCUUAUAGCGAGUAUUUUGAGUACUUUGCUCCAGACUUCACGCUGCACCCCGAUGUCAGCACCAGGAUAGAAAACCAGAACUCCAGACAGUACCUGGAGCAGAUCCGCCAGACGGUGUUCGAGAACCUGAAGAUGUUGAACCACGCGCCCAGCGUCCAGAUCCACGACGUUCCCUCCGACAUGCUGAGCUACGAACGCACCGACGAGCCCGACCCCGACGAGAGGGGGGGCGAGGAAAACUACACCAGGCCGGAGGCAGCCAACGAGUUCUACGACGGUGACCACGACAACGAUAAAGAGAGCGACGUGGAGAUUUGACCCAGGAGGGUGAAAGCAGCAGAGCUUUUUUUUUUUUUUUUUUUUUUGCGGUCCGCGAACAUGGCGCCAUCGCUGCAGAUUAAACAGAAACUCGGACAUUAGUGACUGAAAAAGACUCUCAGACUCUGCUCUUUUAUUCCUCUGUAGGUUCUCUUUCUAAACAAAAAAAAAAAAAUAUAUAUAUAUA